UCCCGGGGCGGCUGCGGGGGCGGGUGGCUGGGCCGCCUCCAGCUCUUCCUAAAGCGGCGCGGCGCGGACGAGCGGCAUCACUCGAGCUCAGGUCCCAGCCACGGGCGCGCACCGACCCCGCCGUACCGGAGGCGGAGUAGCAGCAGCAGCAACAACUGGAACGGCGGGCGGGCGCUGGCAAGGCCCCGGUCGAAAAGCCUGGGAGGGCCGCCCAACUACCCCCGGAGGAGGAGCCAGUCACAGCCCCAGGGGCCGCCGUCGCCGCAGGAGCAGCGCGGAGCAGCCUACGACUCCAUGGCCCACUCACCGGUGGCGGUCCAAGUGCCCGGGAUGCAGAACAAUAUAGCUGAUCCAGAAGAACUGUUCACCAAGUUACAACGCAUUGGGAAAGGCUCCUUUGGAGAAGUUUUCAAAGGAAUUGAUAACCGAACCCAGCAAGUGGUUGCUAUCAAAAUCAUCGACCUUGAGGAAGCCGAAGAUGAAAUUGAAGACAUCCAACAAGAAAUAACUGUUUUGAGCCAGUGUGACAGCGCAUAUAUAACAAAAUACUAUGGAUCAUAUUUGAAGGGUUCAAAGCUGUGGAUUAUCAUGGAAUACCUGGGUGGUGGCUCAGCACUGGAUCUUCUUCGAGCUGGCCCAUUUGAUGAGUUCCAGAUUGCUACCAUGCUAAAAGAGAUUUUGAAAGGUCUGGACUAUCUGCAUUCAGAGAAGAAAAUUCACCGGGACAUAAAAGCUGCCAAUGUCUUGCUCUCAGAACAAGGAGAUGUCAAACUUGCUGACUUUGGAGUUGCUGGCCAGCUGACAGAUACACAGAUUAAAAGAAAUACCUUUGUGGGAACACCAUUUUGGAUGGCUCCUGAAGUUAUUCAACAGUCUGCUUAUGACUCAAAAGCUGACAUCUGGUCUUUGGGAAUCACUGCUAUUGAACUUGCCAAAGGAGAGCCACCUAACUCUGACAUGCAUCCAAUGAGAGUUCUGUUUCUUAUUCCCAAAAACAAUCCUCCAACUCUUAUCGGAGAAUUCAGCAGGUCCUUCAAGGAGUUCGUUGAUGCUUGCUUGAACAAAGAUCCAGCAUUCCGCCCUACUGCUAAGGAACUUCUGAAACACAAAUUCAUUGUGAAAAACUCAAAGAAAACGUCUUACUUGACCGAACUCAUCGAUCGAUUCAAGAGAUGGAAGGCAGAAGGACACAGUGAUGAUGAAUCGGAUUCCGAGAGCUCAGAUUCGGAGUCCAGCAGCAGGGAAAGCAGUAUGCAUCCUGAAUGGAGCUUUACCACAGUGCGGAAGAAGCCUGAUCCCAAAAAACUACAGAAUGGAGCGGAGCAAGAUUUCGUGCAAACCCUGAGCUGCUUGUCCAUGAUCAUCACACCUGCAUUUGCUGAGCUUAAACAGCAGGAUGAGAACAAUGUGAUCCGUAACCAGGCUAUUGAAGAGCUGGAGAAGAGUAUCAUUGUGGCUGAGGCCGCAUGUCCUGGCAUUACUGAUAAAAUGGUGAAGAAAUUGAUUGAAAAAUUUCAAAAGUGUGCAGCAGAUGAAUCCUCUUAAGAAACACCUUAUGAUUGGCUUGUGUUGCCUACGAAUCCAGAGAAACCCACAGACGUUACUUCGAGUUUAACAGUGCUUUACUCAUAAAGUCCAUGUGCCUUGUGGAUCUUUACA